AUGGCUUCUCUGAAACAACAAAGCUUUCUUCCUCCACUAAACCUCCCAACACUCCAUGAAUCCUUCGACAACAACAUCCUCUCUGUUCCCGAGAUUACUAAGGAUGUUUUCCAGGAAGAAGCAUUGGAAGAAUUUCAAGAAUUGGCUACUUCCAGAAAGACUAAACCAGCUUUAUGCGAAGAAACCCAGAAAGAAGAUGAAGAAUCUCCAACGCUGCCGGAAUUUGAAGAGAAAUGUCCGCCGGGAGGGCGAGAAUCGGUGGUGCUCUACACGACAAGCCUGCGGGGAAUCAACAAAACCUUCGAGGACUGCAAGAGAAUCCGGUUUUUACUCGACAGCUUUAAGGUUGUUUACCAGGAGAGAGACGUGUCAAUGCACCUGGAGUACAGGGAGGAGCUCUGGGAAACCCUCGGCGGCGGCGGCAGAGUCAUCCCUCCGAGGCUGUUCAUCAAAGGCAGGCUGAUCGGCGGCGCCGACGAGGUUGUCGGAUUGCACGAGCGAGGAGCUUUGAGGACACUCCUGAAAGGCAUCCCUUUGGUCCCUUCUGUUUCUCCCUGCAAAGGGUGUUCGGGAAUGCGGUUUGUUCUCUGCUUAAAAUGCCAUGGCAGCUGCAAGAUCACUGCAGAAGAAGAUAAAAUGGAUGAUCUUCCUGUUAGAUGCCCAGAUUGCAAUGAAAAUGGACUGAUCAAAUGCCCUCUUUGCAACUAA